AUAUACGCACUUUCCUAAAAUAAACAACUUGCAACAAAACCGCGGUUAAAACCAACGCGUUCAAGCGAUUCGUGUAACUGACGUCAUCAACCCGUGUGUCAUCUUGAACCAUAUUAUAACCGCGGCACAUAACACAGAAAUUUUGGUUAUUCGCUUGGAUUUGAUUUAUAUCUGUACUGUACAUUUUAUUGUCACAUUUCCCAUCCACUUAAAAAACUAAAACUGAUAUGUGAACAAAACCUCCCGAAAUUAUCGCCAACGUUACAAAUUAACAAAAAGAUGUCGCUUUUGUUAUCAGCUGUUCACCUCAAAGCGUGACGGAUACUCGUGACGUGAAAUAAGGUUUACACCAAAAAAACCUGGCACUCGAAGCAGUCAUUUGUCAUAUGUCAUCAUCAUGUUUUGUGAUUGUCAUAACGCACGUGUGAGGAUGCCUGUUUAUUAUUAAUUAUAUACUUCAUUCGACAUUCGACAACGACACUGAUUAAUUGUUAUCAUUCAAACAUAAAUCUACACAAUACCCUUCUGCACUGAUUGCUUCACCUAAACUGUUUAAAUACUUCGUUGUUUAAUACAGAUAACAAUACGCGCUUGGGACAGUCAUACAAAAUUGUGCAGUGCACCUGUUGAAGAAUUGGAAUGGAAACUCCAUCUCAACCUGAGACCCUUCCUGCAGAUCAGCAAGCAAAGAAAAUGAAGGCCAGCUUACAACACUGGUCACCAUUAAAUGAUGGUUUUGCAAUGCCCGACCACAAGCCAAAAUGUAAAUGGCAUAUGAGUGCUGACAGGAAUGCUACUCCACAUCAUACAGAGGACUGGAAGAAGUACACAAAAGUAUUGUCAAAUGCAUUGGAUGCUAUUGGAAAUACACCAAUGAUUAAGUUGAAUAAAAUUCCACAAGCAGAAGGCUUAGAAUGUGAUGUGUUUGUGAAAUGCGAGUUUUUCAAUCCCGGCGGCUCGGUGAAGGACCGAAUCGGUUACAGAAUGGUAUUAGAAGCUGAAAAACAAGGAGUUCUGAAGCCAGGGUACACACUGAUUGAACCAUCUUCUGGCAACACUGGUAUUGGGAUAGCAUUGGCAGCUGCUGUCAAAGGAUACAGAUGUAUUAUCGUGAUGUCAGAAAAAAUGUCAAAUGAAAAAGUAGCCGUGUUGCAGGCGCUCGGUGCAGAAAUCGUUAGAACACCGGUAGAUGCUGCUUCUGAUGCACCAGAUGGCUUGUUUGGUGUGUCAUAUCGGCUUAGAAAAGAAAUUACGAACUCCGUUAUCUUAGACCAGUAUUCAAACCCUGGAAAUCCUUUAGCACAUUAUGAUAACACGGCUGAGGAGAUUUUCCAUCAGUGCGAUGGUAAAAUAGAUAUGAUGGUGAUCGGUGCUGGCACCGGUGGAACAGUAACGGGUAUAGGUCGCAAAUUGAAGGAAAUUUCCCCCCAGACCACAAUAGUAGCAGCAGAUCCCUAUGGAUCUGUAAUGGCUCAGCCAGAGUGUCUUAAUAAAACCGACGUGACUUUCUAUGAAGUCGAAGGUAUCGGAUACGACUUCAUCCCCACCGUGCUCGACAGGGGCGUGAUUGAUAAGUGGGUCAAGACGGAGGACAAGGAAGCGUUGAUUCUGGCUAGACGGUUGAUCAGGGAAGAAGGACUGCUGGUUGGAUCAAGUUGCGGUGCUGCCUUGGCUGCUACUUUAAAAGCUGCCAAGGACCUGCCUGCCGGUAAAAGAGUAGUAGUACUUUUUGCGGACGGUAUUAGGAACUACCUCACAAAAUUUGUUAGUGAUCAAUGGAUGGAAGCACGAUUGUUUAAGCCUGCAGUCAACACGCACAACCACUGGUGGUGGGACGUGCCCGCAUACUGUUUAGAGCUGCAGACUUUACAAACUGCAACCCCCUCCAUGACUUGUGACAGAAUAAUGAAUAUCAUGAAAAAGUUUGGAGUGGAUCAAAUCCCUGUUGUGGAUUGCAAUAAUGGGGGUGUUAUUGGUGUCGUUACGCUCCAGAAUUUAACGUCUGCUUUGAUUGAAUCUAGAAUCAAACCAAAUGAAAGUAUAGAAAAGCUGAUAUCCAGAAUAUACCCGAAAGUCUAUAAAACUACCAAUCUUGGUGUCGUUGCUAGAAUUCUAGAGAAAGAAUCUUAUUGUUUAUUACUAGAAUCUCAUGGCAGCGGUGCAACCCAGGUAGAUAAACCAGUUGGCAUUGCAACUCAUAUUGAUCUGCUUCAAUUCAUCACAAACAAACCUGAAGGUGGAAGUGUAGCAGCAAAGUGAUAUGAUAAUCAAAUUGAUUCUCAUAUACAAUAUACAUGACGCUGGGGGUCUCUCUCACUUGAAGAAGUAUUUGACAUGACAGAUACAAUCAUCAGUGUUGCUGGCAAAACAAGAAACGCGUUCUCCAUUGUUUUUUAUAUCUAUCGCAUAAGUAGCUAUCCAUUUUUAGCAUGCAUGAUGUUUAGCUCUCAUGCGGUGCGUCAAUUGAAGAGAGAAGAGACAUUUGGAUAAGGUAUUUUGAGCAUUUUUAAAGCAUUUACGUUUUUGGGAGUAUUUUUACAGUAUAACAUAAGUAUAAAAGCAAUGGAAUGUGGUUUAUCAUACUUUACUCACAAAACUUCUUUUAGUGUGUUUUUUAAGAAUUUUUAUUUAUAUGGUUGGAUUUUAAUGUGUAUUGUUGUUCAAUAGAUAUUAAAUAAUAUGUGUUCUAUGAUUUAUAAACAUACCCCUCCUAGCAUUUAAGGUGGCACGUCCCUUUUUUUAGAUUUCUUUUCAACUUCCUGUUUGCAGCCGUAUUCUAAAUCCUUUUCAUUUGAUAAUUUCAUGGUGUG